ACAUGAUGGGAUCUCUGAAGGCUCUCCAGGAGUGGUGUCGGAUACAGUGUGAGAACUACAACGAUGUGGUGAUAAGGGACAUGUCAACGUCCUUUCGGGACGGCUUGGCAUUUUGUGCCAUCAUCCAUCGGUACAGACCUGACUUGAUAGACUUCGGGUCGCUGUCCAAAGAGAAUGUCUACGAGAACAACCGACUGGCGUUUGAAGUGGCCGAAACGCAGCUCGGUAUUCCGGCCCUGUUGGACCCAGAAGACAUGGUGUCCAUGAAAGUGCCUGACCGGCUCAGCGUCAUCACAUACGUGUCCCAGUACUACAACUUCUUCAAUAAUAAGGCUCAAGCAAACCCACCUUGUAUGAAGAGACUGAGUUCUGCUGGUCUCAAUGAACCAGCCCAGAAAAGGCCUCCGACUCCUUUGGAAGACAAAGUGGUUGGAACUGAGCCGACCCAGGCAGACGCGGAGGCGGUUGUUGCAGCCAGACCCAGCGCUCUCAGCAGCACCUGCGCCGCCUGCCAGAAGCACGUUCACCUGGUGCAGAGGAUCCUGGUGGAGGGAAAGCUCUACCACCGGAACUGUUUCAGGUGCACAGAGUGUCGCAGCACUUUGCUUCCUGGAUCCUACAAAUUUGGGAGCGACUCCGGAGCGUUGGUUUGUACACAUCACCUUACAAGGCAUGCCUUAGCCAGUCAGAAUGGACGGCCAGAUCUCAGUAAAAGACCAGAGGCCAUCCAGUCUGCCAGGACCGGUCGCAGCACAGUUCCUCAUACGGCGCUGUCUGAGGACGUCCAGACAGAGACUCCUGCUGUAAACCAAACAAACAAUACUGACGAGCCCAGCAGUGACUCUCUCACCGUCGCUCCUGUUAUAACAAACACAGCAGACGCUUUGGAGGAAGAGGCAGAGGAGGGCACAGAGACGGAGGAGAAACCACGUCCUGCAUCUCCUCCCAACCCUUUUGAUGAGAGCGAAGAAGAGGAGGAAGAGGAGGAGAAAGAGGAGGGAGCACAAACACCAGCCAAAUGUACAGCUAACGGGGACAUUCCUUCGACACUUGUCGGUCACCUCGAAGGUGGAAGUCGACCUGUGCCCGCACCCCGUCGGGUCCCUGAACCGACCCCUCCGCCUCGACCGGCCCCGAGGGUUCGGCUUCCCCGCACAUCAGAUGGUCUCACAGUCGGUGAACACCAGAAACCUCCAACUCCUCCCAAACCUCGAGAAAGAUCCCAGUCGCCUGCAAGUGGCACCCAUAAACCUAAAGACCCACCUUGGCUCGCCCUGGUCCAAUCAGAAACUAAGAAGAAGAAAGCCCCUCCCCCGCCCCCUGCAGGACUGGCAACACCUCCAAAUACAGGCUCUUUGUCCUCUCUCAAAGGGGAGGCCUCCAGACCCAGCACGCCUCCUCAGCCCUCCAACCCGUUUGAGGACGACGACGACGAAAGCAAUGAGCCAAAUGAGGAGGAGGAGAGUGAAGGGAAAGCGGUUCCCCCCGCCGUGGUGGUCAGUCACCCCUGGUACAGCAUCACUCAGGCGGCUGACGCAGCAGCUGCAGACACGACCCCGACUAAAGCGAGUUCAUCUCGCUCUGCCAGUCCCUCAAGCGCCAGGAGCAAGAAACGGCCGGCACCUCGUGCUCCUCAGCCACCCACUGGUAACCAAGCUCUCUCUCACUCUCAGCCCUCCUCGUGCUCUCCCUCUCCAGCUCUCAGUACAGAGAGUUUGUCUUCUGGGUCAGAGCACAGCUCCUCCCGUCUUCCUUUGCGCGGCGGCGCCACCAUUGACCAGGAACACGCCGUCACAAAAAGCGUGUCGGAGCCUUCCAUCUGUUCACCGUGCGACUCCGCUGCUUCCCCUUCCUCCUCCUCAACUGAACGUCUGCCUCAUACAGUCCUGACUCCGGGCCCUUCGCCCAUGCCCUCAAACGCCAGCUCCGCGCCAGCCACUCCACAGACCGGUCGCAACUUGGGGUCCAAAGGUCUCGGACCUCCACCGCCACGACCCACCACGACCCCCAGCCCCUUGGCCUCGGCAGCUACACCGUCACACAACAAACGGACAUGUAAGGAGAACCCCUUCAACAGGAAGGCUUCUCCCUCUCCUGCUAAAUCCAGACCACCCAAAGGCCCCCGCCCGGCUCGACCUCCAGCGCCGGGCCACGGCUUCCCUCUUAUCAAACGCAAGGUGCAGUCAGAUCAUUACAUCCCGGUGGAGGACAUCCACGGGGAGAUGGGUGAUCUGGAGAAGCAGCUGGAUGAGUUGGAGCGGAGGGGGGUGGAGCUGGAGAAGAAGCUGAGAGACAAUCCCAACGACGAGGACGAGGAGCACCUGCUGGUGGACUGGUUCACUCUGAUUCACGACAAACACCUUUUAGUCCGCAGAGAGGCUGAGCUGGUUUACACGGCAAAGCAGCAGAACCUGGAGGAGAGGCAAGCUGAUGUGGAGUACGAGCUCAGGUGUCUCCUCAACAAACCAGAGAAAGACUGGACUGAAGAGGACAAGAGUCGGGAGCAGGAGCUAAUGGCUGAGCUGGUUACCAUCAUCGAACAGCGCAACCAAAUAGUGAACAACAUGGACCAGGACAGGCAGAGGGAAGAGGAGGAGGACAAACUGAUGGAAGCUAUGUUGAAGAAAAAAGACUUUAAGGAUCCAGACAGCGACCAGCAGAAGAAGAAAGGGGGAAAGUUCAAACCCAUUAAAGUGCUGAAGAGGCUGAGCAACAAAGGAGAACCGGGAAAGAGCUACAGCUCUCGCAAGGAGAAAAGUAAAGGAGGAGAGUAGAACAUUUAGUUCAAGAGUACAUCUCUUUAUUUUAACAAUUCUAGGAAAAGGAUAUUUUUCAAAGAAAGGUCAAGAAGAUGAAGACUCCUCUUCAUGAUGUUAAUCUUUUUAAGGACAACACAGGAUCCAAACCUGCUGACAUCUCAUUAUCGCCUCCUUAAUGUCUCUGUAGUGACUAUUUUCAGUUGCCUUUCAAAGAACAGCUCAAGUGCUUUAAGCUCUAAAUAUUGAAGCUAGUGAAAUGCAGACUAAGUUUCUGUGUUGCUGCACUGAUUUGUGUCCUUGCUUCAUUCUCCCUGCACUGUACAGUGACUGUGUCCUGCUGCAGAUCUUCAUCAAGGUGAAGCUAAGGUGCGAUUCGCAGUUUGAAUCCUGAUAUCCAUGUUUUACUAUUAACCUCAUUUACACUCCUUGAAUCCUCAUCUCCUGUCGUCUUUCAAACAUGAGUGGAUAUCUGAACUUUUAUGUCAUGUCUGGUCUGAGUCUGUGGUACUAGUAAUAUGUUUUUAUGGUAAAAUUUGCUUUAAGCUGCAGCAUCUGCUCUUGAAAUGCUCAAUCCACUAUGGAAACGUGUCUUCUAGCUGCUAUAUUGUUUGUGGUUUCCUUAUGUUUGUGUCCUUUGUGUAAAAGCUUUUCAUCAAACACAUGGAUGAAAGUAUUUAUGAGUGAGUGUGACUGGGAAGCAAAAGAAAAUUUGUUGUCUUUGGGAGAACAUGACAUAUAUGUAACAAACUGCAGAUAUCGCUUAGUUAAAUGUCACACACACAAUACUGGACAUUAAGAAAGAAAAAUAUACAAAAUUUCAUCAACUGUAGCAAAACCCAAGUUAAGAACAGUUUAAACCAUUGGUGGAAAACCUGGAUAUGCAAUCAUUAAUUUAUAUUUUACCAUUUCCUUCAGUGUUUUGCCUUAAAAUGAAUAGGAUAAUAGAGCUGCAAUUGUUUGAGUGCCAUUUAUUUAACUGCAAAUGUCUGAAUGUUUACUUAUUUUAUGUUUACCUGUUUUGUCAUUUAGAUUUUAUAUUUGUCCUUCAUUUUAAAAGUAACCUUUAAUCUUUAA